GAUAGUAUUAGCAGCUCUACCCACACCGGUUAGAGGCGGUGAGGAUUUUUGGUCCAGUCUCGCCGUCCGUCUCUGUUGCUGUUUGUGUGACAGCACGAACAGCGUGUCGGCGCAUGUCAGUUUAAAGCCCGGUGGUAAAGGCGAUAACGCUGGAUGAGUGGGGCAACUUUCACUACCGCCUCUGCAGAGGUGGCUGAGAUGAACCGCAUCCACUAUGAGCUGGAGUAUACAGAGGGCAUCAGCCAGCGCAUGCGAAUCCCCGAGACCCUCAAAGUGGCUCCGGAGAGCCAAACGGGAUCCGUGCAACUUCAGCAACCCCUCCCCACUCACACAACACUGAUGCAGGUUCCUGAAAGGAUCGUUGUUGCAGGUGAUGAUGGAGAUCCUCAAUUCACAUGUCCAAGAGACUUGGAUCUGAUUCAGUCCAUUCCUCCUGUGGACCUCCUGAACAUGAAGGCCCCUCCGCGGGUCCUCACCCUUACAGAGCAGCCUCUGGACUCGCUUGAAACUGACCAAACUGUCACCUCACAGCGCAAUCCCAGCCAAGCAGCUGGCUUUCAUGCUCGGUCUCGAAGGGAGCGCAGCGUGAGUGACAACAUAUCUGCCCGUCACAGCAGUCAGAUCAGCAGAGGUGAUGUAAGUGUAACCCCUUCCCCUUCUGCCCCCCCAGUCCGCUUGUGCCCUCCCCUCUGUUCUCCCGAGGAUGCAAACAUCAACCUGUUUACAGCUGCUGGGCUCCUGUCGUACGUCCAGUCAACGACACGCCGUGCUUACCAGCAGGUCCUUGAAAUUCUGGAUGACAGCCACCGCAGGACGCACAUGGACCUCGCCCUGGAUAUAAACCCAGAUGAGUCUGGCUUAGUGGAUGCCUCCUCACUGCGGCGACAGAUUGUGAAGCUAAACCGGCGUCUGCAGCUUUUGGAGGAAGAAAACAAAGAACGCUCCAAGCGAGAGGCGAUCCUGUAUUCUGCCACAGUGGCUUUCUGGCUGAUUAACACCUGGAUCUGGUUCCGUCGCUAAAAAUGUGAGCAGUCAGUCUCCCAAAACACCGGAAACCAAAGCAGUUCCUUGUUAAAGGUGUGAUCACUGAAUUAUAGCAAUUUCUAUACAGAGGUUUGACCUAAACAUGUCAAUUUUAGCACUCAUGAGGCAAAACAUGAGACAGAUAAACACUGUUUUCUGUAUGUCAAGUCAAUGUGACGGCAUUUCACAGUGGAUAGUAGUAUCCACAGGUGCAGGGCUCACUACAAAGUGAUGUUAUUGAGGUGUCUUACAGGACUAAAAUUAGGAGUAAAGCUACUUAUCUGUAUCUUCCUUCUUUUUUUUUUUUUUCUUUUUUAAUAACUGGCAAGUCAAGGAACAAUGACAAUACAACUGAAUGAUUUUGCAGAGGAAUUUGUAGCAGCACCAACAGCCACUUCAGUGGUUAAGGUAAUGCUGUCUCCACUUUCAAAUCCUGCACGUGUUUUUUUUUUUUGUUUUUUUUUAAUCACAGAGAAAUUAAAUAUGGUACAGAAAUAGGAAGAGUGCCCGACAAAAAUUGGCAACAACUCUUACAGAUACAAUUGUUAUUCAAAUGUUGCUGUUUGCACCUUUUAAAGUUGGCAAUCCAUUGCACAGAAGGAACUGUGUUACAGUGAUGCUUACCAUAGGUAAAUUAGACUUUUUAGCUUUGGACAAAUUAUUAGAUGGCAAACAAGGAUUUAUGUAAGUGACAAAUGUUUUGGGAACUACAGUUGCAGGACUAAACCUGACCUGUCUGUUUAAAGCAGGUUAUAAACUACCAUUCUUAAAGUGUCAAACUACAUGGAGAGACUCUGCCAUAACAGUCACCCUUCGUUACUGAAAACCUUUGUGUACAUUAGAGCAUUUGAACACCCUGUCUCAUCUGUCUUUAAUGUUAUUUAUUUUAACUUUUUGCCUAGGGAUUGCCAUAUGAUGAUGCGGUAACCAAAAUAACAAGGGUAGGGUACUGUGAAGUGCUGUUUGCACAGUGUACAUUUGUUUUUCCCACCAAGUUACCUACAAAAUUAAAGCAUGGAUUAUGACGUUUUAUACAUCAUUCAGUGUGAUAUAAAGAGACAGUGUGUGUGUGUGUGUGUGAUCAUGCAUAAUAGAUGACAAUGUUGUUGAAAUAUUAAAGACAUUUUAUUUUGAUAAUUAAUUAAAUGUGUAUUUAAUGCAGGUUUAUUUAUCACAUAAUAAUGAGGUGCAUAAAGUUGGUGUGAGUGGCUGUUUGUCUGUGAAGCGCUGUACCUACGUGUCUCACUGAAAGCUGGAGGUUUGAGUUAAACAUUUAAGUUAUUUUGUAAUAUAAGAAUACAUUUGAUGUUUGUAAAUAUGUUUGUUGUAAUAAAUACUGGAUGUCAGUUUCA